GACAGCUUCUGUGUAGUUACCUCGACGGCAGAGCGCACUUGUAGCUUUAAAUCUGCCCGCCACCGACCGAUUGUCCGCCAAUGUUCAUUCAACUAAGCCUCCCGCAACAACCACAGAAAUAUAUUUUUCCAAUACUCGUCGUCCAAUAGAUUCAUUAAAUCUCGUCCACGGAUAAAGGUCGUUAACGCCCACGUAUACAAAAGUCAUCGAUAAGUACAAAUUAAAGGGAAAGAUACGCCUUCAUUCGUGCGCGAUGUCUUUAAGAAAACUAUUAAAAGAAGAUUGACAUUAAGAUGGAGUUUAAGGAGUUUAAAGAAUUUUCUUCAAGUAUGAUUGAAUACGUUGGUAAUUAUUUGGAAAAUAUAAGAGAAAGAAAAGUUUUAUCAUCGGUAAAACCUGGUUAUCUGCGUCCUCUAUUACCUACUGAAGCACCAAACGACCCUGAUGACUGGAAAGAUGUUAUGACUGAUAUCGAAAAAUUGAUCAUGCCGGGCGUGACACAUUGGCAUUCUCCAAGGUUCCAUGCUUAUUUCCCCACAGCUAAUAGUUACCCAGCUAUGGUAGCUGAUAUACUCAGUGAUGCUAUUGCCUGCAUUGGAUUUUCGUGGAUUUCAAGUCCUGCGUGUACUGAAUUGGAAGUGGUAAUGAUGGAUUGGUUAGCCAAAAUGAUUGGUUUACCAGAAUUCUUUUUGGCUUCAGCUGGACAAGGCGGUGGUGGAGUUAUUCAGGGUACUGCUAGUGAAGCUACACUUGUUGCAUUGCUUGGUGCCAAAGCAAAAGCUCUACAGACUAUCAAAGCUGAAAAUUCAGAAUUAACUGAUGGAGAAAUUGUUCCGAAAUUGGUAGCUUACUCUUCACAAUUGUCUCAUUCAUCAGUUGAACGAGCAGGUCUUUUGGGGGGUGUCUUGUUGCGAGCACUUGAUACAGACACUGAACACAAACUCAGAGGAGAAACUUUAAAAGAUGCUAUCACAGAGGACCGCAAAAAAGGGCUCAUUCCAUUCUUUGUGGUAGCUACAUUAGGUACAACAAGUUGUUGUUCUUUUGACCGUUUGGAUGAGAUAGCUGUAGUGAGUAAUGAGGAAAAGAUUUGGGUUCAUGUGGACGCCGCUUAUGCUGGUUCAGCAUUUGUUUGCCCAGAAUACAGAUAUUACUUAAAAGGAAUAGAACUAGUCGAUUCUUAUAACUUUAACCCUCAUAAAUGGCUGCAAGUUACUUUCGAUUGUUCAGCAAUGUGGUUAAGAAAUCCAAACUAUGUGAUUAACGCUUUUAACGUAGACCCACUAUAUUUGAAACAUGAACUUGAAGGACAAAUGCCAGACUAUAGACAUUGGCAAAUCCCAUUAGGUCGUCGAUUUCGUUCAUUAAAAAUGUGGUUUGUUUUUCGACUUCUAGGGGUAACUAAUUUACAAAAAUCUAUCAGGAAAGAUAUAGGACUUGCACAUGAAUUUUCUAGUCGAAUUGAAAGUGACCCUAACUUUGAACUUUUCAAUGAGACUACAAUGGGACUGGUAUGCUUUAGAAUCAAAGGUUCCAAUGAACUCAAUGAAAUAUUGUUAAAAGAAAUUAAUGAUAGAGGUAAAGUGUAUAUGGUACCAUCAAAAGUGAAAGGAACUUUCUUUUUACGGAUGGCUAUAUGUUCGCGUUAUACCCAACUUGAAGAUAUUGAAGUGACAUGGAAUGAAGUUAAAGAAGCUGGACAAGAAGUAUUAAACAGACAAAAUAAAUUAACACAGACUAAAAAUAACUAGAUAGGAUUAUCUUUGUUAAACAAUAAUUAUGAAUGCUUAGUUACAUUUUCUAAAGAAAAUUGUUUAUUGAGUUAUUUAAAGUACUGUGUUAGUAUUGAAAUAUGUAAUUAUCUUAAUAAAAAGAUUUAAUUUUAUUAAUUGUUAUUUGUAUUGCAAUUGUAACUGUUACAUAUGCUAUGUUAAAAUUAAUAUUUGAAUGUGGAAUAAAUAAAUAAACAUAAAUUUGAAAAUCCUAUUAUUAGUGCAUAAAAUAAUUGGCAGCAGCUGCUUAAAAUUAAAUAUUAUUGUAUA